AUGGUAUAUUUACCUGACUACGGUGGCACUAUAGAUAUACUGAGGCUUCUGAACUUGUCAGCCCGAACUCCCGGAGUUGCCCAGGUUCCGGGUCCUAUUCUGAAUGUGCCUGCUUUCAAACUGAGGCCUGGAUUUGGACUUGUACAAGUACCCAAUCCUUCUGCAGUCACCUCUGCUCUGUCAAGUUCUGCAGGCUUCACAUUGGUUUUUGUUUAUCGUCAACACCGUAAAUCACUUGCGGGCGGCCUGGGCUGGACGUUCGUGCACCUGUCGCUGAACUCCUCCACCAACAUGCUGCGUCUGCAGCUGGACUGCCAGCCGGCCCGCGAGCAACCCGUGGCCGGCAGCGGCGGGCGGGGCGGCGCCCGCGCGCUGCCCGGCGGCCUCGUGCCGCACAUGCACGUGCCCGACGACGCGCUCGUCUACUUCCGCCAAGAGCCCGGAUUCAAGAAGAAGUUCCUGGGGUCCAUGCAGGUGGCUAAGGUCUACCCGUACGCCACCACUCAGCACAGUGACUGGACUUGCGAUGGAUAUCGCCUGGUGCGCCAAACGCAGUGAUCUGUACCCUUUGUGGACCCAAUUUCUUUGUAACUUCCCUCUCAAGUACAUGUCAAAUAAAACAAAAUCUCUUCGUGUCAAUGCACGAGACUGCAAAACUGCAAAACAAUAAAAUACAGAAAAACAAUGUAAGCACAAAAACUGUCGCAUUAUUUUUUCGGAAUGGGAAAAGAGUGUUAUUGCUCAUGUGAAAUGUGAAGUAGCUGACAAUGUGAAGACGUAUAUUAAUUAUGAAUUCAUACAUACAUAACGAAUGACAGAGGAUUUGUUUCAUUUGACUCCCAACUCUCCAUUUGCUGACGGAUUAGUGAUUGGGCUAUUGUCCCAUUGUACCAAGAAAUAUACCUUUUAGUCGUUCUGAUCUCGACUAAUUGGCUACAGACACUACAUUUAUAACAAUGAUACUUGUAAUUUUAUUAUCGAUUGAGGCUCUCUGAUGAUUCUUCAGAGCAUUUCACAAAUUUUAUAGAAGAUAUUCCUUACCCAAUCAUUUUAUCCAUUGUUCAAGUCAACUUCAGUAUAAUUACCAUUACCAGUAGAAUUUAGUUUUAGCUUUUCAUGUUUAUUUAGAUGUAAGAAUAGAGUAUUUUUGUGUACUCUGUUGAGUUGUUUCGCUGAGUCUAUUCCAUAUGCAGAGAAAAAAAGAUUAUUUUAUCUUCAAGUAAAAAGUAAUGUAUUGUGAAUUUAUGCUUGAGAAAGGGGGAUGUGUACGGUGUAACUGAUCACGUAUUGCCCUAGCUUAAUAAAUGUGACUUUCGUAAUGAUUUUCCUUUAAGGGAAUUCUAAAUUUUGCGGAAGGAUUACCAGAAUAUCCAUAAGUAUGCUUUCAACUUUUCUACCAUCACGUCCAUGUUUGAAUGGCAUGUAAUCAUCGAGCUUCUGUCAAGUACAUCAAAAAUAUUAUUUGGAUCAAAUAAUAAUGAAAUAUUUGUAUAAUUUUUAUUAUUUGGAUCCUAUUGAAAGAAUACUAAAGUGUUGGACAACAGUGUAGAUCAAUAAAGCCUUCUCGUAAAUGUUUGUUUCUUUAAAUCAUUUGUAUAAUUCCCGAACGACGAAACCCUCAGAAAUUAAUAGAAUGAACGCACUGAAACAAGAUAAUGUAAUUAAAUUAUUAUAUUUACAUAUCUAGUUGCCACACAUGCAAUUGGUGUAUCCUCAGUGCAAAAAAUAAACGUAAAAGAAAAACUUGCGACUUCAGAAGAUGUUUCUCUAGAAUAUUUUAUGAAAUCUACGUUAGAUUUUUCAAUUGUGCGAGGCAGGUACAAAGAAGUCAUAAAUUCUGGAGCUGUUUUUAAGUAUCAAUGAAAAGGAAUAUAUCAUAAGAAUAAUGAAUUAUUCCAUAAUCACACGUGCAUCUCACAGGUUAUUUCAUUUGGGAUGUGAAUCACGAUGUGGAUGUGGAUAUGAUACCAAAUGUGAUGCAUUAUCCGCUCAACGCCUUUCAUCGACAAUCGUAAGUAAUAAUUAGGUAAGUUAAAAUGAUUAUUAGUGGUGGACCGAACUCGAAAAAAUUACAUUACUCGAAGUUGAAUUUUUAUUAUAUUUGUUUAUAUAUUCCGUAGAGUCGAAAGUUCUCUAUUCAGAUAAAAAAAUAUAAAAAGUGCGCUUACAGAAUUUCUUUCGUCUUAAAUAUUUGUUUACUUAUUCAGUGACCUACAGCAGAUUCGAAUUAAUUUUUGUGAAUUAAAAUAGCUGAUUAUAACGAAUCAAUAUCAUAAUUUUACCUAAUGUUCUAAAUAUUGCAUGAAAGAAAGAAAGAAAACCAACUAAUUUUAAUCUGUAGGGAAUAUUUUUCGCUUACGCGCAUUAAAAUCUCGCGCACGAUGGAUAAAAUACAUAUAAAGUGUAAAGUUCAAGUAUGAAGUCUGGUAUAAAAUAUAAAUGUGUAAAUGUAAAAUGUAAAGUAUACGAAAUAUAAUCUAUAUAAAGUAAAUUAAGAGAAAUCCCAUCGCUAAAAUGUCAG